AAAAACCCGGUCGCUUUCAUUCAUCAAGUCUGAAAUACGGUUUUUUUUGCAUUGAGUGGACUGCAACUGAAUCAAAAUUGUAGAACAAUGGCUACUCACAAGCGGAUCCUGAGCACCCUGAGCACCCUGAGAAAUGGCCCCACGCGGCGAAACCUAUUCGGUCCCGUUGACCGAGAGCAGCUGCAGGUGGAGUACCAGGCUUCGAUUCGCAAAGACCUGGAGGAGGCUUCACAGCGCUGGGGUUUCGACUUCAUCUCGGAUAAGCCUCUGGAGAGCAGCGAUUUCCAGUGGGAGGGUGUCCCAGGUACCAAGGUGCCACUGCUCUACAGAUCCUGUAUGUUUGAUCAGGAACAGGUGGAAAGUCAGAGGGCAGCAGAUGUGAAGGUUUCCCCUAAAGGAAGAAAAGUGGCCCCACCACAUAAUGAAAAGGAGAACAUCCCACUCAGCCCACGAAGAUGUUCACUCAAGUUGGAAAACGUUGAGAAAACACCUCAGAAAACAGGGAACACAGCACUCAAGAGGAAACAGACUAACCUUACAGAUUUCUAUCAGGCUAAAAGGAGAGUAGUUGGGAUGCCGCGCAAAUCUGGCGAGUGAUUUCUGCUGCAGUUUACUGAAACAGUGCCAACCACACAAACACAGUACAACACUCAGGAAUACAACGUUCUGCACAGACUGCACGGUCACUCACCAGGAGGUCACACCCUGUGAAUCAAAAACAGAAGGGACCUCUGCUACAUCAGGCAUCAUUACUAUAAAGGUUAAUUAGGGUACUGUAUUCACUCUGAUGGGAUUGGUGUUUUCCCAUGUGGGAAGAAGGGGGACAUCUGAGCAGAGAAGAUUAACGGUAAUCUCUCGAAUCGGUGGAUUUAUACUCUUUUGGAUCAAGGGGAUGCCAAAGUGUCAACUCACAUUUCCUACUGUACAUUCCACAAUGCUGAAAACACGGGGUCGUCUGUGCGUCUGGACAUCUCCGUUCUGUAGAAACCCUGUGUCACUUGCAGUGCAGGGAUACCGUGGAUGAAUAUUUUACACUUGAAACACUUGACAUGUCGGUUAAAAAUCAUUUUGUCUUGUGUGAGAAAAUGGUAGAGAAUGGAUGAAGCCCUUUGGCUCCUUUGUUGAAUCCACUGUUGUUAUUGAUGUUUUUUUACAGUGUUUUUUUCUAUGUGUAUCAUGAGGGCUAGGAGUCAUCUUAAAGUCUUUUUUUUUUACAAGCACUUCUUGUCCAAAGUGUAUUAUACUAUAUAUCCAGAUGUACAAUCAUGUUUUAUGUACCAACAUGUGCUCAUAUGAAAAUGCUUGAAGAGUGCAUGCAGUUGCUUUGCUUAGAUUAUGAAAAGACAGAAGUGCCAUCAUGUCAUCUGCCAGCCCUACCAUCCACUGCACUUUGAUCGAUUUUCAAAGCAGAUCUCCACAAGUACCCUGUCCACACUCUGACGUGUAUCUCACCGGAUUGUAGGUUAGAAGUGUAGCACAAGGUCUUUGAAACACUUAGAAAAACAUGUAUAUUUAGAUUUAUAUAUCAGAGAUUUAUCUAUAGAGUUUAAUACAGCACUAUUAAGUAGCAUAACCAUCAAAAAAUAUUGCAGUAUUGCACAUAAAAAUGUUCAAUGGUGUACUCUAACACCCAGUAUCAAGAGCCUUUAAGGAAUUUAAUUUUGUUAAUUUGAAGCUUCAUAAAAGACAAUCAGUCAAAAGUGACAAACGUAUUAAGCUAAAGCAAAGUGCUUUAUUCUUUUCUAUUUGAAAGCAUACUACAAUUUAACUGUCAGUGUGUUAUUAUCUGCCUCAAAACAAACUGUAUUUUUCUUUAUGACACUUAUUUUAUUUCUAUGUUGGCAAAUCCUGCUGCUAUGGGUAAUCUGAAUGGGUGUUAAACAAGGUCACCGUCACUCUAAUCCUAAUGAUCUGACAUGCAAAGCUAAGCGAAUCACAGCAUUACCCCAAACGAUGAAUGCACUUCUGUUUUUAGAUGCUUAUGCACAGGUGGGUCAUAUUUGUUCUAUGUCAAAAGCUACAAAUGAAAGUUCUAUCCUUAUUUAUUGUAAAUACUAUGCCUUAUGUUAAUUUAGUUGUU